CGCAAGUGCGAGGGAUUUGGGUUCCUCCAUUGAUUGGGCUACCCAUACGCAACGCUAAUGAAGAAGCUUACAUCGCGCAUAGAUUGGAGCAGCUGGAGGAGGAUCGGACCCCAUGAAAUCUGGAUCUGAUGAUUGAUUAUGAUUCCCUUUGCUUAUGUUUUUUUCUGGCAGGUGAAUCGUGCGGAGGCGAUGACGAUGAAGAGCCGCGACAAUUUUGUGGGUGUGAAUCUGUUGUGGGCAGAUGUUUUUUCUACCGAUCUCGUUUGAAUCGUACACAUAGAACCAUAGAGAUUCUAGGUUAUGGGUUCAAGUCAAGGAGGAAGACUGGUGGAGGGAUAACAUAGAUUCUGGGUUGUUAGGGUCGGCCAUGGCUGAGACUUUGACGGUGGCAAUGAUUAUUUGGGACGAUGGCGAUUGAGAUGAG